ACGCCCGCUCGGCAGUCAUAUUCGCACAGCAUUAGCGGCAGCAGGCAGAAGCAGCACCAGCAGAUAUGAAGGUCACACCAGCGAUAGCCGCGAUGGCCUUGUUCGUCAUCAUGGCAACCACAGUGGCCGCCGCAUCGGGGUGUACUCCAGGAGAAAAGAAGAAGGAAGACUGCAACACUUGUACGUGUACUGCAACAGGUGUCUGGGCCUGCACGCGCAGAGGAUGUAUUACGAAGAGAGAGGCAGAGGAGUCGCCCAUCGUGAAACGGGAAGCCCAGAAGUGUACACCCAACUCGACCUUCAAAAAGGACUGCAACACGUGCACGUGUAACAGCAGUGGGACGUCCGCCAUCUGCACACAGCUGGGAUGUCUCAGCCGCGGCCGUAGACAGGUGAACUGCACACCUGGAACGACCUUCAAGGACAAGUGUAACACCUGCCGCUGCAGUUCCAACGGCAGGAGCGCCGCCUGCACCUUGAAAGCGUGUCCCCCUGGCUCGUAUUAACCAGCGUUCCGUCGUGAAGGUGACUGAUUGUCCGAGAAGUUCUCUUCAAUUAAAAGGAAAUAACGCCAUUUCUGUGAUGCAGAAUCUCUGCGGCUAAUUAUUUUCAUCUAUUUCCAAUUUGUCUUUUGUAAUUUUCUUAUUGUCUUCAAACAUGAAAAAUAAAUAUAAUGAUUGUAACCCAUGUAA